AUGGUUUGGAGAUUUGUGUUCGGUCUUCAGUCUAAAGAAGAGAAAUAUAGUAAUAAAGCUGUCUCUUUAGGUGAUGUGUUAGUUGAUCAGGUUUUAUUUGCACUACGGGACAAAGAUAUUUUACUAUGCCACUGCUCGUUUGAAUCUCAGGAUAAAGUUGUACACUAUAAAGUGGCCAACAGAAUUUGUGCCAAGUUUAGUUCUUGGUAUGGAUCAAUCAGAAGUCCCCAAACUGCUCACGACAGUGUAGCUCUUUUGCACACUUUUAACCAUAUAUCACAUUGUUCGGUCAAGCUAAACUUUUCAGGGAGUCUUAAUGAGGAACAGCUUCAGAAACUAGCUACUAUCCUCAUUGACAGAAAGUUGCAAGUAAAAAAAUUAAGUCUCAAUAACUGCAAGCUCACAAAUGAAUGUCUCACGACCUUCUUCAACAAGGCAUCAGCUUCAUUUCAGCAUCUCGAGGAACUAUCUCUAGAUGGGAACCUUAUCACAGGUAUACCAUUUUCACCCAGCAAUAACACAUUAACUAGGCUUUCAUUAUCCAAGAAUCCACUCUGGCAAAGUGGUGCCCAGUUACUAGAGAGUGUUGUAUGCGCAGGUUCACUAGUAAAACUUGAGCGUCUGUGUCUAUCUAGUGCACUGACAAAUGACAGAGACAUUAUCGAUGCCAAAGUGUUAGCCACACUUCUUCAAGCAUUAGUUACACACUGUCCUCAUCUGGAUGACCUUGAUCUCUCUAAGAACAAUAUUGGUGUACCUGGAGCUAGUGCAAUAGGAGAGGCCUUUGUACAACUUGCUACCAAUAGGAAGGAGUUAAAGCUGAACUUAAGUGAGACUAAUCUCGACAGUGAAGCAGCGACAGUAUUUUCUGACAAAGUUUUGACUUCUUUAGGGAAUGUGUCAAAUCCACUCUCUUGUGAAAUCAAUUUGCGUGUUGAUAACAAUCCACUUGGACACAGCGGCUUGUCAGCUAUCUUUAGAAUGCUCUCUAAUAAAAACUGUCCAGUAACAAGACUUGAUCUGGACCACACACAUGCAGUCAACCAGGGACUAAUAAAGGCAAUCUCUUUUGGUGAAAUUGAAUUUCCUGGUAAAUGUAGCAAAUUGAAAAGGCUAACAUUUCGAAACAACGAACCAAGCGGGGACACUCACGUAGCUUGCUUGACAAUGGCUAUUAAGGCCAACAUUUUUGGUAAUCUUAAGAGGAUGCAACUAUCAAAUACCCUUCCUGACAAUGUUGAGGAGAAUGGAAGACUACUGACUGAACUCUUACCAUCCAUUGCCUCUCACUGUCUUAAUCUGAAUGACAUUGAUCUCUCUGAGAACAAUCUUGGUGUACCUGGAGCUAGUGCAAUAGGAGAGGCCUUUGUAAGACUUGUUACCAAUAGGAAGGAGUUGAAGCUGAACUUAAGUGAGACUAAUCUCGACAGUGAAGCAGCGACAGUAUUUUCUGACAAAGUUUUGUCUUCUUUAGGGAAUGUGUCAAAUCCACUCUCUUGUGAAAUCAAUUUGCGUGUUGAUAACAAUCCACUUGGACACAGUGGUUUGUCAGCCAUCUUUAGAAUGCUCUCUAAUGAAAACUGUCCAGUAACAAGACUUGAUCUGGACCACACACAUGCAGUCAACCAGGGCCUAAUAACGGCAACCGAUUUUGAAACUCUAACAUUUCCUGGUAAAUGUAGCAAAUUGAAAAGGAUUUCAUUUCAAAACAACAAACCAAGCGGGGACACUCAUGUAGCUUGCUUGACAAUGGCUAUUAAAGCCAACAUUUUUGGUAAUCUUGAGAGGAUGCAACUAUCAAAUACCCUCCUUGACAAUGUUGAGGAGAAUGGAAGACUACUGACUGAACUCUUACCAUCCAUUGCCUCUCACUGUCCUAAUCUGAAUGACAUUGAUCUCUCUGAAAACAAUCUUGGUGUACCUGGAGCUAGUGCAAUAGGAGAGGCCUUUGUAAGACUUGCUACCAAUAGGAAGGAGUUGGAGCUGAACUUAAGUGAGACUAAUCUCGACAGCGAAGCAGUAAAAACAUUAUCUGACAAAGUGUUAGCUUCUUUAGAGGAUGUUCAAACCUUCUCUCUUGUGAAAUUGAGUUGA